UCAAAAUGAUGAAUGCCAGAAAAGCCAGGAACACUGCCCAUGAUGCGAUGGUCCAGGAGAGACAGUCAGAGGAUGCCACGUGGUCAUGCUGCGGCUGGGUAUGCUCGAGUGCUCCUGAAAUGUAUAAACAUAUUGCCAUUAGCCACGGUGAUAUAUUGCAACAACGAACACUACAGUUUCAAGAACGAUCUGCCCAACAGCCAAAACUCGAUGAAAGCGCCUUAGAAUUUAUGACUAGAAGGGCUCAUAAAUAUGCAAGCGACCCUAUAAACCUUGACUGUUCGUGCGAUCCGUCAAAGGGGACUGUGAUCCUGUUCUAUGUAUAUUUACCAAUUAGUCACCCACUGGAUCUUGCCAAACUUCACAAAUUGUGGUCAGAGGAAUUAAAUUUCUAUGGAAAAGUCAAGGUGGCGACCGAAGGCAUUAAUGCUACACUUGCAGGGUCAUCUGAAUCAAUUGCAAUGUAUAUUGACAGACUUACUAGUCACCCAGAGUUCCAGUCGCUUGAAUUGUUUCAACCAUUACCGUCCGCAUCAGAAACAGAUCAGAUAUCUCUUGAAGAACGUAGAUUUAAAUUCUUCAAACCAACAGAGGGGUGUAGACAUGUUUUUGAUGAAGUAAUAUCGAUUAAGGUUGUCGAAGAGAUAUGUCCGCUAGGAGCCCCUGAGUUGAAUGUAUACAAUGAUCCAGAAAACAAGCGAGGCAAACUGACGCCGAAGGAGUUUCACCAGAAAUUGAAAGAGCUAGAAGGGAACGACGACGUUGUCAUACUGGAUGUGCGUAAUUACUAUGAAUCAAGUAUUGGACGGUUCCCUGGAGCUAUUACACCGCCAAUACGUAAAUUCUCUUCGUUUAAAGAUUAUGUCACUCGAAAUAAGAGUCAGUUUGCAGGGAAAACUAUUUUGUCGUAUUGUACUGGAGGAAUUCGUUGCGAGAAGGCUACCAGUUAUCUACGUCAAUCUUUAGGAAGUGACGAGGAUGUACAACCAUCUCAAGUUCUGAUGCUGGAGGGCGGCAUUCAUAAUUAUCUUGAAUGGAUCAAGCAUGAAGGGAUGGCAAAGGAUUCAUUAUGGCUUGGAAAGAAUUAUGUGUUUGAUGCACGUCAAUCUCUAGGGCUUGAAGGCCCUACAACAACAAGUGACACUGAACAAGUAGUUGAUAAACUGAUAUCUUCUUGUCAAGCAUGCGGCAGGCCAUGUGCUCGAUAUGUCAAAUGCGAUGGGUUUGGCUGUCACAAGUUGGUCAUUGCUUGUCCUUCAUGCUCCUCCGCGGUUUCAAGCAGUAAGAGUGGGUUAUUCUGCUGUGUAGAUUGCCAUGAGAUGGGAGAGGGAGUUCAUGAGUAUGUUAUAUCUGGACAGACGAGCAAGCCAGGCACAAUUCGAGUCAAGCGAGGAAUAUGUAAAUGUGAACAAGAGCGUCGAAAGGAGCUUGGUGUGGAGAAAAUAAAUUGCACGUGAUAUACGUAACCUGUUCUGCG